UAUCCAAUGGUGGAUUCCCUUGCUCUGUCCCCAUCUAAAUAAUUGUUGGGCUUAUAUGGAACAUGGAAUUUCUAACUUGACCUUCAAGUUGCAAAAAAUCCGUUUCCAGUCAUGCUAAAGCGUACCUUUUGAUGCAUUACUCACAUUUACUUGAGUUAGAGUUGUCCUUUUCAACUUUUAACCCCUCAGGUACAAUUACUAGUGCAAGCACAAAAAAAAGCUUUUUGAUAUGUUUGUGUGAAUUACAGGAGAGCACAUGGAUGUCCAAAUCUUGGUGGCAAUCACAUCCCAAUUCUCUUUUUUCCAUCACCAUAUAUAUAUCCAUCAUGAUCAAUUUUUGUUUUAAUUUGCAAUUCAUGAGAGGAUUGAAAAUUCGAAGGUUCUGAAUAUUUUCAUGAAGAUAGCGUAAAAGUAGUGUCACAUUUUCAUUUAAAGAGUACUUUUAGAAAGAGACUUUUCAUAAAUUUGAGACAUUGUCCGUAAAUGUCCGACAAUAAUGGUAACGUCCAGAACAACAAUAGGAGCAUGUGAAAAGGAAAUGGUGAUAUCUUUUAUGAUAAGCAAAUCUUGUGUUGGGCCAAGCUAUCAAAUGUCACUUUUCAGUAUGUCCUAACUUCAUAAUGAAAUUAAUCAAAAUGUGAACUAAGAAAAAUCAGCUUCAAGCACUAUAAAAGAUAUCUUACUUCUUUAAGUUCAAGCACCUGGUAAAAAGAGGUCUGCUCUUACUCUGUUUUCUUGUGGCCAGUUCUGUCUAGUUAGUAUGUCAAUGGCAGACAACUCAGUCUCAGAACAAGAAUUUCGAAGUGUUGCUAACGAAGAAAGAGAAGAAGCUUCUCCACCUGAAGUCAGUAUUCUGAUUCCAUCAGCUAAGACAACUACAGAAUCUCAGGUGCGCCGGCGGAGAAUUUACAAGGUGCCACCACCACUGCGUGCAAACAUGGAGCAUGUCUAUGAUCCAGUGGUUCUUUCACUUGGUCCCUACCACCAUGGGCGACCACAGUUUCGCCAGGUGGAGGAAUUCAAGGCCGAGAUUCUUAACAGGUUCGUCUCAGGCAGUGUUGCCAAGGACAAAAGCUUCUUUUUCAACAAGAUCUUGGAGCAAAUAGAUGAAAUCAGGAGUUACUAUGAGGAAGGAUCGACGAAUGAGUUUAAUGACGAGGCAUUGGCUGAAAUGGUCCUCAGUGAUGCCUGCUUCAUCUUACACUAUAUGGAGCUGGAGGAUGAGAACGAAUAUCAUCCUCUUGGCAUGUCCUUAGUUUCAUUCAUGUUCCGUGAUUUCCUCAUGCUUGAGAAUCAGAUCCCAUUAUGGAUUAUCAGGUAUUUGAUUGGUCUAAAAUAUGAUAAAGAUGAAGGAGAAGCACUGUUCUAUAAGUUCUUGAGUUUUAUGAACUUUGGGGAUGAUAGGCUGACACAAAUUCCUUGGGACAAUGACAAUGGAAGUGAGCCCCUUCACCUUCUUGAAGCCCAUCGAACAACACUCCUCGGACAAGGGAAAGAAUUCAUCAGGGAUCAACCUCGCUUUCUUCCUCGACUUCUUGGUUUUAGAUGGAAAAGAUGGAAGCGGAAGAUCAGCUCCCAGAGCAUGUUCAAAAUGGAAAGCCGCCCGUUUUAUUCUGUCACAGAUCUCAAAGCAAAGGGCAUUCACUUCCGGCCGAGUUCUAAUUGUUUGACGGACGUCAGAUUCCACUCCUAUCCUUUCUACGGACUUCUUCAGCUUCCCAUCUGGUUUGUCACUAACAAUUCCAUGGUGUUCUUCUCCAAUAUGAUGGCCUUUGAAAUGUCGCCAGAAAUUGAUACGGAUUGUGAUGUAAUAUCUUAUGUGAACUUCAUGAAAUCACUGCUUGAGACCCCAAGAGAUGUUAAAGAGCUGCGAGAAAAGGGAAUACUGUUUAGCUGCCUGGGGAGCGACGAGGAAGUGCUCAAAAUGUACAAACAGAUCGACACGUAUGGAGUCAACAAUUGUGGUCUUUUUCUAGAUGUGAAAACGAGAAUUGAAGAGCACUGCAGUAGCAAGGCCAAGACAUGGAUGGCUGACCUGAUUCACACUUACUUUCGCAGUCCCUGGACUGCUAUUGCUCUCUUUGCCGCAACACUACUUCUCUGCCUCACUUUUCUCCAAACUUACUACACAAUCCAUCCAGUGAAGAACAAUUGACUGAUUAUAAUUCUUAUGCAUUCUGGUUAUUGAAAAAUUGGCUUGGAUACCAAGCCGACGGUUAGUGAAUAG